AUGCGAACACUUUUUCAGACAGAGAUAUGCAGCGCUGCCAGUGAUCGGAAUAAUGAAGUUCUGCAUCAGAAGCUUUCUAUUUUUUCACGUGGUUCUGACAGUAAUAAUAAAGCAGAAUUGCAAUAUCUUGAAUUUGUUUCGCCUCUCUCUUCGGAAGAUUAUCGUUUGUUAGAGGUUAAUGCAUUAAUAGCUGAUCGACUGAUGGCAGGAGAAGAACUUGUGAUUCGAGGAGAACAGGAAGAUAGUGCUGUAUUAUGUACGAGUGAUGAGACAUUUGAUAUUAAAGAAGUGGUAACCUCAAAUGUGCUGCUACUUAUACCCGAGUUUCAUUUCAGCACUAAAACAAAUGUAGACAACAAUAGCGAGAUAACUCGAGAAGUGAUUGCAAUGAAGAAUAAUUUCUUAGAAAUACGAAAAAUGGCCUAUGUAUCAGUGCAACGCUUGAAAGAGAAACUCUCCGAAAGCGAGUUGGAAUGGAUUGAACGUUGUAAUAUUAAUGAAAAAUUAUAUACUGUUGCGGAUUUGUUGAAUACUGUGCAAAUGAGUGAAUUGCAGUUAACAAAUUGCCUUAAAAGCAUGCCUGUAAUAUGUUUAGACGGUUAUGUGCGAUUACUAUCGACAGAGUACCGUGAUCGUUUAGUUACUGAGCUUGUAGAUUAUUUAGAUGAUGAUGAAGAACCAGGAAUAACGCUUGGAGCAAUUGAAUUAGAAUGCUUAAAAAAUGCUUUUAAAAAACAUCACCCAGAAAAAGAUAUUCCUAUGGAAGUUGUCUUGUGGCUGAUAAACACCUUUUGUAAUGAUGUUGAAGUCUGUGGAGAACGAAUACGAUGUAUAAAUGAAAAAGCGAUAUGUCGAGCGAAAAUCUCACAGCUCCUUCGUGCAGCUGUUCAAAUUGAAUAUGAUGUUUUCGAAAAAAGUUUGCAGCAAAUUCUACCAAUUGGUGUUUAUUCAAAAGUUGAGUAUUUCGAAGGACUUGCGUAUAUUGAUGAUCAGUUAGCAACAGGAAAGACAAUACGUUACUUGAAUGUUGAGGAUUUGCCUGAAGAACCAAUUAAAAGGUUUCAGAUACUUUUUACGCUUCGGCAGUCAUGGAAAAUGUCUGAUAUGCGACCGUACUUUGUUGAUCUAUGUCCAACAGAUCGUCUUUUGAAUGAAAUUUUUAUGAGCUUUUGUAAGCAGAAAAUUGGUAGGGAGAAGGAAAAGAUACUCAUUGGAUUGAAAGAAGAACUACUGUAA